AAAUGUCAGAGACAAUAAUUUAGCUCAGGAGACUCAUUUGCUUCUAACGUAAAGUCCGUCCACAACUGUUUCAGGUGUGCUGCUUAAAGUGCAACCUCCAAGUCCCACGAAAACAUACCAAAAUCGAAUUGUGGUAUUACAGUAUCCAACAUCACCAUGAUGGAUUCUGCCACUUCCCAUCAUAAAAUCACAACUACAGCUUCUGGGUUCGUACUCGAAGAUGUUCCUCGUUUAUCUGACUACAUCCCUGAUCUUCCCACAUAUCCUGACCCUUUACAAGACAAUCCUUUCUAUUCAGUUGUUAAGCAAUACUAUGUGAAUUUGGAUGAUACAGUUGCGCAACAGGUAGUUGUACAUAAAAAUAGUCCCAGAGGGACCCAUUUUCGGCGUGCUGGACCUGCUCAAAAGGUUUAUUUUGAUUCUGAGGAAGUGUACGCUUGUAUUGUUACAUGUGGUGGUCUUUGUCCUGGUCUGAAUACAGUGAUAAGAGAAAUUGUUUGUGGCUUAUACCAUAUGUAUGGGGUGCACAAAGUUCUGGGAAUAGAGGGAGGAUAUACUGGUUUUUAUUCUCGAAAUACAGUUCCUUUAACACCAAAGGUUGUUAAUGAUAUCCACAAACGGGGUGGAACCAUCCUUGGGACAUCAUAUGGGGGCCAUGAUACCUCAAAGAUUGUGGAUAACCUUCAGGAUCGGGGCAUUAAUCAGGUUUAUAUACUAGGAGGAUUUGGAACUCAAAAGGAGGCAGCUAUGAUUUUUGAGGAGAUUAGAAGCCGUGGCAUGAAAGUUGCAGUGGUUGGAAUUCCGAAAACCAUAGAUAAUGAUAUCCCAGUUAUUGACAAGUCAAUUGGUUUUGACACUGCUGUUGAAGAGGCACAGCGUGCUAUCAAUUCUGCCCACGUGGAAGCAGAAAGCGCUGAGAAUGGUAUUGGCGUUGUUAAGUUAAUGGGGCGUAACAGUGGAUUUAUAGCCAUGUAUGCAACUCUUGCCAGCAGAGAUGUGGACUGUUGCUUGAUUCCAGAAUCACCCUUUUAUCUUGAGGGUGCAGGAGGACUUUUGGAGUUCAUUGAGAAAAGACUGAAAGAACAAGGCCACAUGGUUAUAGUAAUAGCUGAAGGUGCAGGUCAGGACCUUCUUUCUGCCAAUCCAUCUACUGUUAAUAAGCAGGAUGCUUCUGCUGACAAAUUACUUGAAGAUGUUGGCUUGUGGUUGUCCCAGAAAAUUAAGGAUCACUUUACAAAACGUCAAAAAAUGGUUAUAAAUCUGAAGUACAUUGAUCCUACUUACAUGAUCCGAGCCAUUCCAAGUAAUGCAUCUGAUAAUGUGUACUGCACUCUCCUUGCCCAAAGUGCUGUUCAUGGUGCAAUGGCUGGAUACACAGGCUUUACCGUCGGCCCAGUUAAUGGCAGAAACUGUUACAUUCCAUUUCAUCUGAUAAAUGAGGGAGAGAAGAGGGUUGUGAUAACUGAUCGGAUGUGGGCAAGGUUACUAUCCUCAACCCAUCAGCCUAGCUUCUUGAAUCCACAAGACAUAACAGGAGAAAAAGAGGAAAAAAAGGAACACCAAACCUCCGACGGGCAGAACCAUCCAGAUAUGGCUGACUAAACUGGGCGUAUACAGACCACAAAUAUAACACCAAGUUAUAAUGCCAUCAAAAUGUGGAGACUCGAGUUACAUGAACAUUUUAAUUCAAGUAACAUCAAAUUAGAUAAUUGACAUGAGAUGAAACCAAAUCUAGUACAUCUCUUGCGGUAUUUAAGCCAAAAUGAUUGCAUCUGUAUUUACAAACUUUUGAUGAGUCAAAUCUUACAUCUUAGAAAUCAAAAGAAAGAGAUCCGAAUAACACCAGCAGCUUCUCUUAGUUAUCUUCUGAAAACAGCGUCAAUAACCUCUUUCAGAUUCUGGCAACCUACAACUUCCAUGUUUUCCAGACCUUCAGUUUUCAAAAAUUUCUCAGCUUGCUUCGGGACUACACACUUUUUGUAACCCAACUUUGCCAACGUGUAUACCCUUUUAUCAAUUCUAGGAACCUGUAUCAUAAAAUACCCAAUCCACCAGGCUAAGGCUUGAGAAAAUAUAUAAAAUACUUCAUUUAAUUUUGAAUUGAUGAAUACAAGCAAGCAGCGUUUCUUAGAAAGCACAACAGAAGUGUAAUUUUAGAUUACCACAUCUUUAUUAAAUGCAAAGUAAUAAAGCUUAGGAUCGUUUGGAAAAAAUGGAUAUGAUUUUUUAGGUUUUACUCAGUUGCAUGUCAACUGAUUGGAAUCAAUUCCUAUCUAAUAGAGGGAGAUUGAAUUACCAAUGAAAAGCUAGAAGAGAAUACAGAAUUGCAAGAGCAAUACCCCCCCAACCAAAGAAAUUUCCUAUAACCCUAUGCUGAAAAUUCCCCAUUUUAGACAGAUCUGAUCACGUGUCUUAUCUCUCUUCUAACCAGACCUUACUCCUUAGAUGCUUCAUACAAGUUAUUCCCUCCUAAUUUAGCGUUUGGCCUACGAGAGCAGACUUUUAGGGCCUUUUUGUGCCCAACUUUAUUAGCAAUUAUGUUCACAGUCUUAUCACAAGCUCUAAUGCAUAAAGCAAUAAAGUGCUCGUGUUGUAUCAAGCUAUGGUUUUAUCAGAACUAAAACCGACCAGAUAAUUCGAGUCAAUACUCAACAGCAGAGUUCAACAAUAUAAUCUUGCAGCAUUUUAAUCACUACUUAGAAAUCUGAAAAUGCCACAAAACAUCACAACACAUGAAAUCUAACAAGCAACAUAUCUGAAAAUUUCACAAAGGACGGACUUUUCAUAGAUGGAAAUACGAUGGAAAAUCGCACCUUAAAACCCUUCAAUAUAAAAGUCAGCUCACCGCUAUGCUAUUGAAAACUCUAAAUUGACCUUUAAAUAUAUCACAGUAGCAAGUAGCAUCAA